UGUCCAAUUAGACUGUGUUAUCUCAAAUCCCAUGAAUGCCAAUCUCACUAAUAUUACAUGGUCACCUGGUGGCACUACUCAAGCUGGUGUCACCUCAGCCUCACUGACAGUUACUAAGACUAAAACAUAUACUUGUACUGCAGCUAAUGAUUGUGGGAGUGUAACUGCAUCCACUGUUGUUCGCAAUACUCCUGCUGUUAAUGUAACUGGAUCAGUUGCUGGUAUUCCAGGGAAUGGGUGCUCUGGAGCUGGCAGUGGUAAAAGAAUAUGUGCUAUUGUUGGAAUGAGUGUCACCAUAAGGUGUGCUGUCAGCCCUGGUGACACUUAUACCAUCACUGGCCCAGGAGUAUCACCAUCGAAUAACCAACGGCUAACACUUACUGUUGCUGAUAACAAUUAUGGUGAUUUUACUUGUACUUCUACUAAUUCCUGUGGCAGUAUCACUGAUACCAUUCGUCUUGAAAGAGCCGAUUGCAUAGGAAGUCCAACUCCUGCAUCAAAUACUCAGAACUAUCUUAACUUUGUUAUUGGUCUGUCCAUCUUCAUUCUAGCAUUGCUGAUUGCAGUAGCAGGCCAAAGUGUCAUUAUUACUGUGCUUUUUGUCAAUUGGUCCAAGAAAAUUAACCUGUCAAAAAAAGACAAAAAUGAAGAUAUUCCAAUGCAAGCUUGUGAGCCAUAUGAGCUGCACAGGUUUUAA